AUGAGUUCUCUCAUGCCAGACUGCACUUCAAAGUGUCGAUCUCUACAGCAUGCUUUGGAUGUUAUUUCUGUAGUAACCAGAGGAAGUGAAGGCCAGAUUAAGGCCUUUCUCUCUUCUUACUGCUACAAUGCUGCAACUAUAAAGGAUGCCUUUGGUAGAAACGUUAUACAUCUUGCUUCAUCUUGUGGCAAAAAAGGCGUGCUAGACUGGUUGGCUGCAACCAAAGGAGUAGAUCUCUUGGCGAAAGACAAAGAAUCUGGAUGGACAGCUUUGCACAGGAGUAUAUUUUAUGGAUACAUCGAUUGUGUUUUGUCAUUACUGAAGCAUGGCGUUAGUCUGUACGUUCAGGAUAAAGAAGGCUUAUCAGCCCUGGAUCUUGUCAUGAAAGAUAGGCCAAUCCAUGUGGUGUUCAAGAAAACUGAUCCCACAGAGGUCUACACCUGGGGAAACAAUAUCAAUUUUACUUUGGGUCAUGGUGGUCAACAGGGUAAACAUCAUCCUGAAUUGGUGGACCUUUUUCCUCGGAAUGGCGUGUAUAUCAAACAGGUGGUACUCUGCAAAUUCCACUCUGUGUUCCUUUCCCACAAAGGUCAAGUUUAUACAUGUGGACAUGGACAAGGAGGACGCUUGGGUCAUGGUGAUGAACAAACAUGCCUGGUUCCAAGACUCGUGGAAGGCUUAGCUGGCCAUCAGUGCUCCCAGAUAGCUGCAGCUAAGGAUCAUACUGUUGUUUUAACAGAAGAUGGAUAUGUUUACACAUUUGGUUUAAAUACUUUCCAUCAGUUGGGUAUUCUUCCUCCUCCUACUAACUGCAAUGUUCCUAGACAGGUUCAGGCAAAAAACCUGAAAGGUAGAAUGGUGAUUGGAGUGGCUGCAGGCAGAUUCCAUACAGUGCUAUGGACUAAGGAAGCAGUGUAUACCAUGGGGCUGAAUGGCGGCCAACUAGGUUAUCUGCUGGAUCCCAAUGGAGAAAAAUGUGUAACUGCACCCCGCCAAGUUUCAGCUCUACACCAUAAAGAUAUCUCUGUGUCCUUGGUCUCUGCAAGCGAUGGUGCUACAGUAUGCGUUACUGAAAGAGGAGAUAUUUAUUUACUUGCAGACUAUCAGUGCAAAAAGAUGGCUUCAAAACAGCUGAACCUUAAAAAAGUUCUUGUUAAUGGGGGAUAUUUGGAAUAUAAGAUAGAUACCCAGCAUCUUAAAGAAAAUGGUGGUCAGAAGAUUUGCAUUCUCGCGCUGGAUGAAGCUGGAAGAGUGUUUUGCUGGAAGCCAUCUAACAACUCCAUGAAGCAGUGUCGUUGGGUGUAUGGCCGGCAAGUCUUCAUGUCCGAUGUUGCUUUAAAUAGGCACGAAAUAAUGUUUGUCACGCAGGAUGGUGAAGCCUUUACAGGGAAGUGGCUGGAAGAAGGGAAAAAAAUCUCAGAAAAGAAAGCAGAAGUAGUAUCGAGCCUUCAGAAUUCUUCAUGUGAUGUGUCUUAUGAACAUGAUACAAACAGUGUGUAUGAAAGAAUUCGACUUCAGAAGCUUACUUUUGUCCACCGAGCUGUUAGUAUUGCCACCGAUCCUAAUGGUUGCAAUUUUGCUGUUUUACAGUCAGACCCUAAAACAAGUCUCUAUGAAAUUCCAAGUGUGUCAUUAUCAAGUUUUGGAGAGGAUUUUGGCAAACUGUUAGAUGAAACAGAUGAAAUGGACAGCAUCCAUGAUGUGACUUUUCAGAUUGGCACAAGAACUUACCCCGUGCACAAAUACAUCUUGGCUGUACGCUCUGAUUUCUUCAAGAAGCUGUUUGUUUCCAGUGACAACCAGCUAGACACUCCAGACAUCUACCGUAAAGAUGAAGAUGCUGUUGGAUGUGAUCUUUAUGUAAUAGAGAAAGUUCAUCCAGAUCUGUUUGCAUACCUUCUGCAGUUCAUAUACACUGAUACUUGUGAUCUUCUGACUCAUGGCUAUAAACCAAAAAUCCUGCAUAAAGGAAAAUCGGAAGAAUAUCAAGAUACUUUAAUUUCUAACCUGAGCAAAAUGAGUUUUGAUGAAAAUGUUAAUGGAAAGUCUGCAUUUGAGAUUUACAGAAAUAAUCAAGUGCAAGUUAUAAAUGAAAAACAGAAGAACAAAUCUAAAAAAGCCAAAGUUGUUGGUGAAGAAGCUAACCUCAUAAAAAUGUUGCAAAGUGCUGCAAAGAAGUUUGGACUCAGCAAUUUAAGUGGAAGGUUGGAUGGAGUCAGGUUAGAAAAUGGAAAAAUUAAUGUUGUCAGCAAGAAGAAUGGGAACAAACCAAAAUUAAAUCAGAAGAAAUGUUCGUACCUCUGCGAUGUGACCCUGAAAUCUUUAGAUGGAAAGGAAUUCCCGUGUCAUAAGUGUGUACUUUGUGCAAGACUUGAUUAUUUUCACAGCAUGUUAAGCAGCUCUUGGAUUGAGGCUUCCUGUUGUUCAGCUCUGGAAAUGCCAAUCCAUUCUGAUAUACUACAGAUUAUUGUAGAUUACCUGUAUACAGAUGAAGCUCUUGUGAUAAAAGAUUCUCAAAAUGUGGAAUUCAUAUGUAAUGUUCUUGUGGUAGCAGACCAACUUCUUAUAUCCAGACUUAAAGAAAUCUGUGAAGUAGCCAUUGCAGAAAAACUUACUUUAAAGAAUGCUGCUGAGCUGUUGGAGUUCUCAGCAAUGUAUAAUGCUGAACAGUUAAAACUAUCCUGCUUGCAGUUCAUAGGACUCAAUAUGGCAGCUUUGCUUGAAGCGAGGACUCUGGAUGUCUUAAGUGAUGAAGUUGUAAAGGAUCUUUCUGUUUAUUACAGGAAAAUGAUUCCAGCUAUGGUCAGGAGAGUAAUUACUCCAUAUCCAGAUGGACCUGACAUAAGUUCUUUUGAACCUGAAGAUGGGGAGAACUUUGUCUUUUUAAGGGAAGAUGUGAAUCCAGAACAAAAUUCUCAGGAAGCCCUUUUCAAAAGAGCAAAAACUAAGGCAAAAAAGAAGCCACGAAAACGGUCUGACAGCUCUGGAGGAUAUAAUCUAUCGGACGUUAUUCAGAGUGCAGCCUCUACAGGCUCAGUGAAACUGGAUAAAACCAACUCUGUAGAAUCACUUCCAGAACUCUUAACAUCUGACUCUGAAGGUAGUUAUGCAGCAGUGGGUAGCCCCAGAGACUUGCAGUCUCCUGACUUCACAAAGGGAUUUCAUCCAGAGAGGAUGGAGAUGAAGGACAAAGCAUGCAGUCAGGGUAUGAAACCCUCUCAACCUAGCAAGGAGAUAAAGUCAUACAGGGAAUCAUCAGCAUUGACACAGUCUGUUCCACAGUCCAUUCCCAGUGCCAAAAACAAUUCUGCAAGCUCUCCCAAUUGGGUAGCAACCAGUUUCAGCCCUGCCAGCCCUCCUGCUAUGGAUCUAAGAACCAUCAUGGAAAUUGAAGAAAGCAUGCAGAAAUGUGGAACCAUGCCAAAGGCAAAUUCAGGCAGAAUGGUGUCUCAUGGAAUCAAGCUUUCUCAGAAACAAAGGAAAAUGAUUGCCCUGGCAGCAAAAGAUAAUGGAUCAGUAACUACCAGCACAGAGCCUACUACACUAAUAACCAUACCACCGCCACCUAUGAAAGUUGCAAAACUAGGGAAUGCAUG